ACUUAUGUUGCCAUCCCUAAUCUCUAUCCCUCCUCCAAAAGAAAAAUCCGCAGAUUCGACUACCUUCGUCUAUUCAAAUCACCAUUAUCAGCUGUUUCCGUCGUCCGACCACCACCACCAUCGUCUUCUGCAGUUCUGCUUCUUCUACUGCUGCUCCUAUUGUCGUCGUCGGCGGCUUUGUUGGGAGGAGGAAUCUCCGACUGUCGGUUGGACGGUUGCAUCCAAUUUCUCCCCCAAAUUUCCCAAAGGUUUAGAAAUGAUGAGAGGGGUGGGCGGACCGCUGCUUUGCAUUGGCGAUUUGCUGAGCGAUCUUGCAGAGAAACACGAAGACGAUCAACCUCAUCCUCCUCCUUCGUCUUCGUCUUCUCCACGUGCGGAGGAUCCAGAUUCCAUCCACUCUCCGCCGCUUCAUUUACAACCAACGGACCUACCCAAGCUUUUCCAGGAAAACUACGAACAAUUGAACCAGGCACUAGAAGGGAGUGAUCCUGCAUGGACGGCCUUGACUCUAAAGCUUUGCACUGCUGUGGAAACUGGAAACAAAUUGGUCCAAUCCACCAACUCGAACGCUAGAUUGCUGUCUGAGAAAGUUGCAGAGAUGGAGAAAGUCGUCAAGAGAGGAGAUUCUGCUGUAGCAGCAGCCAAGGUUAUCCCCAUCACCCUUGGCCAAAAGGGCAGACCCCAAACUAAUAGCCCUACUCCGGAAGCUCAUUGAUCCAAGCGUAACUUCUUUCCUUUUCCCCUCUUUUAGUUUUGAUGCUUCUGGAUUCUCUGCCAGUGUUACUUGAACCAAAGAAUUGCUGAGAUGAGCUAAAAGAUUUGUUUUAAUACCCGACAUUUACUUGGUUCUUAGU